AUGGCCCUGAAUGACCUCCAGGAUUUGGUAAGGUGCCAACUCUGUAAGACGUCUGUUCCCAAUUUGUACUGCGACAUUUGUCAUUUAAGUCUGUGUAAAGUCUGCGUGGGAGAACAUCUCUCAGAUAAAUCCAAAAAGCACAAAAUAGUGUCUUUUUUUGAGCGAGGAUCUAGGCCUAAUUACCCAAAAUGUCUAACGCAUUCCACAAAGCAAUGUGAACUAUACUGCGAACAAUGUGAUAUUCUUCUAUGUCUGCAAUGCGUUUCAUCUUGCGAGCAUCUUGGCCAUACAACAGUAGAUAUUUUACAGUGGUUUGAAAGAAAAAAAGAAGUAUUGAGUAGAGAAUUACAAGAACUGGAGAAGUCAAUUUAUCCAAGUUACAAGGAAAUUGUAUCUUAUAUUCCAUCUCAAAGAGCUGAUCUCAAGAGGAACUCGCUUCAAAUUAUUAUAGAACUAUGUAAACAUAAGGAUAAUUGGCUCAGAGAAAUCGAUGUUAUUAUCAAGACAAUGAAAGACGAGCUUAACAGAAUGGAAUCCAAACACCUUAUUUUUCUUAAAAGACAAGAAGAAGAAAUCAACCGCAGUAUUUCAAAAAUAACAGAAAGUAUUGUUGAUUUACAUAAUUUACUUGCCUCCAAUGAUAUCAACCUUGUCUAUGAACACAAAUCCAGGAAUUCUGAAUUUAGAAAUUUGCCUCCUCAACCCAUUGUGACCUUACCUAAGUUCAUACCUUUCACCAUUGAUAGAGAGGAUAUUUAUCAUCAAUUUGGCAAACUGAACCCUAUAUUAGUUAGAGCAGAAGAUGUUGGACAUAUAUUGUAUUCUGAAGAUGCUGAAUCCUCUCAACCAGAUAUGCCACUCCUUGCUGAGCCACGGAUCAUAGCAGAAAUACAUACCAAUUAUGGAACUUCUGAUAAAUUACGCAGUGUAUCCGCUGUGAAUGAUACAGAAAUAUGGACUUGUGGUGACAGCAAUAUGAUGAAACUCUAUAACCUCCAAGAUGAACUGGUUAAAUCAAUUAAGACUAAAUCAGAAAACAUGCCAUCAAACAUAGAAGUGACAAGGAAUGGAGAUCUUGUUUAUACUGAUUAUGUCGAUAGGACUGUGAACAUAGUGCAAAAUACAAAUAUUCGUGAGGUAGUAAAACUAAAGGGAUGGAUACCUCGAUUUGUCUGUUGUACCUCUUCUGAUGACCUCUUGGUUUUCAUGGACAAUGAUCAUGACAAACAAUCAAAAAUCAUACGUUAUUGUGGCUCCAUUGAGAAACAGAGUAUCAAGUUAAAUGACAGGGGACAGCCUCUCUAUUCAUAUGGACCUUCAUAUAAAUACAUUAGUGAGAACAAAAACUUGGACAUUUGUGUUGCUGACUGGGGGGCGAGUGCGGUUGUUGUAGUCAAUAAAGCCGGAAAACACCUGUUCACUUAUACGGGACAACAUUCUACUGACAAAGGAUUAUUUGACCCAUACGGCAUCACUACAGACAGUCAAAGUCGGAUCCUAAUAGCAGACAGUUUCAACAACCGUAUCCACAUUUUACAUCAGGACGGACAAUUUCUCUGCUUUAUCGACAACUGUGGUUUAGACUGUCCAGUUGACUUAUGUGUAGACACAGAAGGAAAUAUCUUUGUGGCUGAAAGGUUUACUGGCAGAGUGAAGAAAAUUCAAUAUCAAAAACAAACUGUUUUAAUAUACCAAGUAUAA